UCAACAGACAUGAAACCUCAUUAGAGUUAAGACUUGAAAACCCUCACACUCUCAUUCUCUUUUUCCUGCGCUUAAAUUUUAUCGCGCUCAUCUGCUCGCCGUGACACUCAAAUUUCAUCUUCGUCACGCUCUCAUCUGCUCGCGGAAUCACGGAACCUUUACGCCGCAUCCACUCAACCUUUACGCCGCAUCGCCACCACCAGUCAUAGAGGCUACUCUCGGGAUCCUGCCAUGGUCUCCGAUUCACGGCGGACAACCCUAAUUGCAGAUGGGGAAACGAAAAGAGCACAAGAAUCAGAGCAUGGACGUCGCAAAGCCACAAAGGGAAGUUAUGACUGUGCAAACCCUAAUCCCCCAAUUCGAAAAAUGCUACUGUUUAAUUGCUUGAUUUAAUUGUUCUGCAUCUAUUGAUUAAAACCUAACUACAAUUCCUUAUCAGCUUCUCCACACUACUGCUCCUUCUUUUUUUCCUUGUGAAAUUAAUUAAUUUUUCUCCUGUUUACGUGGUUGCAGGUUUGCAAAUUGAGAGGCACAGUUGAAAGAGGUGAAAGUGAUUGGUGUGUUGGCAGAGGUGGGUGAACUGGGUUGUUGAAGGAGGUGCAAGUGAUUGUUGAAGACUUUUUUCGGUUUUGAAAAUUCACUCGCACUCCUCUCCCUCAUUCUGUCUUCGAUUGAACACUAAGAGGUAAUGCAAUCUCUUGCCAAAUCUAUAGCUUGGGAUGGAGAGGGGGCAGCAGACCUCAUUGAGGUCACAGAUGCAGGCAAUUAUUACAAAAGCAUGUACUAGCUUAGCAUAAAAGGACAUCAUAGAGAUGAUCUUCUUUCUUGUGGUGAAUGAGGCAUGCUGAGUCCUUGAUGAAGGCAUUGCAGUUAAAGUCGCAGAUCUGGAUAGUUUGUUGUCAUGGACCUGAGCUUUCCACCUUAUGGAUAAAGAAGAACCUGUGAUCUUAGCUGUAACAAGUUCUGAAUUACCAUUUGAUAAGUAUAAGCGUUGGCAGUGGUGGCUUAUGGUGGCAAUCAGCAUAACCUUUCUUAUUAUAGGCGAAUCAGCUGCGGUUAUCCUCGCAAGAUUUUAUUAUGAACAAGGUGGAAGUAGUAAAUGGAUGGCUACUUUAGUCCAAACUGCUGCCUUCCCAAUCCUGCUCAUUCCAUUAUUUUCAAUUCCUUCGUCUCGCGAGGCUUCAGCUUCUUCGGCUCCUCCACCUUCCAUCAAAGUUCUUGUUUUGAUAUCUUUUGUUCUAGGAGUCCUAAUUGCUGCUGACAAUAUGGUGUACUCUACUGGACUCUUAUACCUCUCUGCUUCUACUUAUUCACUGAUUUGUGCUUCCCAGUUAGCUUUCAAUGCGGUUUUCUCCUAUUUCAUCAGUUCUCAGAAGUUCACUGCUUUGAUCAUAAACUCUACAGUGGUUCUCACUUUAUCUGCUUCCCUACUUGCUGUUAAUGAAGACUCAGAUGAACCAUCAGGUUUAUCCCAAGGGAGUUACAUUGUUGGUUGCCUUGUUACCCUUAGAGCUUCUGCACUUUACUCUCUUAUACUUUGCCGAAUGCAACUGUCCUUUGAGAAGGUUCUGAAAAAGGAAACAUUUUCUAUUGUUUUGGAAAUGCAAAUAUACACAUCUCUCGUCGCUACUUGUGCUUGCACCAUAGGCCUAUUAGCAAGCGGGGAAUGGCGCGGUUUGCACAGAGAAAUGGAGGGUUUUCACAAGGGAGAAGCUUCUUAUGUGUUGACUUUGGUGUGGACCGCAGUAGCGUGGCAGGUUUGUUCUGUUGGUGCUGUUGGCUUGAUUUUCCUAGUGUCUUCGCUCUACUCCAAUGUUAUCAGUACUGUCUCCUUGACAGUAACUCCUAUUGUUUCUGUUAUAGUGUUCCAUGAUAAGAUGAAUGGGGUGAAGAUAAUUUCCAUGCUUGUGGCUAUCUGGGGUUUGGCCUCUUAUAUCUAUCAGAAUUAUAUUGAUGAUUUAAAGGCAAGACGCACGCAAGCUGUUGUUUCUAAGUCAAGCAAUGGUUCUUCGUGUUGAGAAUAUUCAAACUGGGAACAAUCAACGAAUGUCUUUGCUCAAAGUACUUUCUUUCCUUGUAAUCUUUUUGGCUUUAAUUAGUCCUUCAGCGAGCAGCUGCUAGUCUUAGAUUCUAUUUCUCUUUCAGGCUUAAAGAAAUAGUGAGCUAGUUAGGUUAUGAGGUUCUUGGCCACUCUGGAUGUUGAAUGAAAAGGUCUCUCAGAAGGGCUUAAAUUCUCUGCUCUGUUGAAUAGUUUGUGGUGAUUAUUGGAACUUUGGAAGUCUUGGGAUUAUUGUUGUUAGGUUUUCUUUCCUUUUAUCUUCUUUUUUCUUAAUUUA